CUCACACCGACUUGGCGGGGUGGUGUGAGGCUCAGCGUCCGGGCCUGGUGGUCGAGCACAACAGUUGGGAGCCAUGCCACUGAUGACCCAGCUAAGAGAGCUUUUCCCUUCCAAAUGGAGCCUUUUCAUCUUCAUUGCUUACAUGGCUCUUUUCAUCAACCAAGGGCUUCUGGUUACUGCCACAAAGAAGGAAGACAACAGUUACAGCUAUAACUCGGUGACUGUAGUUCUUCUGGCUGAGGUCACCAAAUUGUUUAUGUCAUCCUUAAUAUAUCUGCAAGAGCAUAAAUGGCGUGUGCAGGACCUGCUGGAGGAUAUCUGUACGCACAGACGUGCGCUGCUCUACUAUACGGUGCCAGCCGGCCUCUACUGCGUGUACAACAUCCUCACCUUCACCAACUUGGCGGCAUUCGAUCCCACCACGUACUUCUUGCUGCUUCAGCUGCGAGUGGUGGUCACAGGCGUCACGUUCCAGGUGCUUUUCAAGAAGAAGUUGACGUCCCGUCAGUGGCUUUCGCUUUUGCUUCUCACCGUGGGGUGCAUCAUCAAACAGCUGAACACGGGCCCGGCGUCGGCGUCGAGCUCGGACUGGCUCCGGGGCAUCUUCAGCUUCAAUAUAAUUCUCAUCCUAGUGCAGGUGUUCUGCUCCUGCUUCGCUGGCGUCUACAACGAGUACCUGCUGAAGCACCAGGCAGUGGAGGUGCACAUCAUGCUGCAGAACAUGUUUCUGUACGUCGACUCGAUCGUGGCGGCGACGCUGGCUCUCUGGCUCCGCGGCCAGCUGGGCACGGCGCUGACCGGCGAGGCCCUCCGCUCCAUCCUGCAUCCGGCUGUGCUCGCCAUCGUGCUGAACAACGCUUGCAUUGGCAUCGUCACAUGCUUCUUUCUUCACUCGCUGAACUCGAUCCUGAAAACGUUUGCCAGCGCGCUGGAGCUGAUGUUUACCGCCGUGCUGUGCUGGCUCAUCUUCGGCAUCCCGGUGUACCUGAACACCGUGGUGGCCAUCGCCGUGGUGUCCGUCGCCAUCUGUGUGUAUUCGCAGCAGCCGGUACGGAACCCGCCGGCGACAGCAGUCCACACUGCACCCAACCCAGAGCAGGCCCAGUCUCUAGUGCAGCAAAUAUGAGGCUGCGUAGCUGUGUUCAG